AGCCAAACAAAGCAGCUCAGCUCUCUCUCUUUUUUUUUUUUUUUUUUUGCGAAUAGUUACUUGCUGAUUUAUACUGGAUGUUAUUGCAUUUGAAGGGAAUAUAUACUUUCCUUAUGGGGACCGGAGGAAAGGAUGAUGUCACUUGUUGUACCACCUCUUCACUGCACCGGAGACAGAAAGUGAGGAAACAUUGGAAAGCUCUCGUUUCUUGACAUCAACAAUGAAAAGCAUGACAUUACACAGAAGAUGGAGAAUAUUUGGCAUUCUGGCCACAGUCACGUUUAUCUGUAACUUUCAUACUACGACAGCCGUUGACAUCCCGCUGGAAGUUGAGCAGCUGCCCACCAUCACUGCUCAGUCGCCAAGCUCCCUUAUCGCCUUCCCAUUUGACGAGAGUUAUCCGAUGACGUGCGAGGCCAAAGGGAAUCCCAUGCCAGAAUUCAGAUGGAUGAAAAAUGGCCAGGAAUUCGACCCUUCGUCAGACCCCCGGCUGAUGAAAGAAGAGGAUUCUGGGACUUUUGUCAUCCCCAAUAAUGGAAACCUUACAGAGUAUCAGGGAACGUAUCUUUGUUACGCCUCUAACAAACUGGGGACCGCCACAUCGAGGGAGAUUGAAUUCAUUGUCCCCCAUGUCCCAAAGUUUCCAAAAGAAACACUUGAUCCUGUUGUGGUGGAGGAAGGCCAGCCUUUUACUUUAAAAUGCGACCCACCUCAAGGAAUCCCCCCGCUGCAGAUCUAUUGGAUGACUAUCAACCUCCAGCAUAUUGAACAAGAUGAGCGGGUGUCUAUGAGCUUGAAUGGAGAUCUGUACUUUUCUCACGCGGUCGAAAAAGACAGCAGAAGAGACUACUGCUGCUUUGCUGCCUUCCCAAGAAUACGAACCAUCGUUCAGAAAACAGCAAUGUCGGUCGUUGUCAACACAAAAAAAAGUCAUGGCUUGAGUCCUGAAGUUGCCAAUGCCAUCCUGCAGCGGAGACCUUUGCUUAUGACGCCCUCUGGUGUCCGGACAGAGAAACGUCUCGUCAGGGGAGACGACAUGAAAUUGGAGUGCAUUCCUGAGGGAUUUCCAACUCCACAGGUCGAGUGGGUUAAAAUGGGUCAUAAACUCCCAGCAAGGGCCAAACUGGAAAGUCAUGGAAAAUUGCUGAUUGUGCCAAGUAUCGAACAAGAAGACAGCGGCAAGUACAUGUGCAAGGCCAAGAACAGACUGGGAGAGGUGGUCCAUUAUUUCACAGUCAUCGUUGAAGAGCCUCCAGAGUGGCUGUCGGAGCCUGAGAGUCAGCUCAGUAUGAUUGGCUCAGAUGUGCUCAUCAAGUGCUCAGCGAGUGGGACUCCACAGCCGGCUAUCACUUGGAGGGUGAAUGGUCUGCCGUUGCACGAAGCGCCGGCGGCAAACAGAAAGGUGUUUGAUGACACCAUCAUUUUGCACAAUGCCAAAGCAUCUGACAGUGCGGUCUAUCAGUGCCAAGCGUCCAACCCACAUGGAACCCUCCUCGCCAAUGCAAACAUCAUGGUCAUGAAUCUCCCUCCGAUGAUUCUUACAACGCAGGGGGAGGAUUACACGGCUGUGGAAGGGAGGGGGGUGGUGAUGCACUGCAACGUCUUCAGCUCUCCGCCAUCGACAAUCACUUGGAGCAAAGAUGAUUCCUCUGAAUCGGUGGUGGGGCCGAGGUUUACCGUGCAUGACAGCGGCUCAUUAGAGAUCUACACCACAGAAAAAGAGGACACGGGACAGUAUACGUGUUACGCCAAAAACACAGAAGGCUCAUCCGCCAUUGAAGCUUCGCUUUAUGUGACAGAUGCCACAAGAAUAACGGCGGCCCCGGAAGACCAGCAGAUCCUCGUCGGCACCACAGCCCAGUUUUCAUGCCUGGCAGAAUACGACAAGUCCUUCAGCAACGACUUUGAGCUCCUGUGGGAAAAAGACGAUAUGAACAUCGGCUUGAAUUAUACGGAGAAUUCAAGAUUCUUUGUGGAGGAUGGUAUCCUUCAAAUUGUCAAUGUGAGCCACAGAGAUCAGGGUGUAUAUAAAUGUGUCGGAAGAACUCCGGUGGACCAGGACACUGCCUCAGCAUUGCUCAUGGUUUUAGAUGUCCCCGAUGCACCUGAGCACUUGGUGCUCUCAGAACACAAGACCAAAAGUGUGAAACUGAAAUGGACCCCGGGAGACAAUCACAACAGCUCAAUCACAGAGUUUAUUAUUCAAUACGAGGAGAGCCAGUGGGAGCCUGGAAAUUGGAAGGAGCUCCUCAGGGUACCCGGGAAUCACAUUUCGUCCGUCCUCAAACUACACGGUCACGUCGACUACCGCUUCCGUGUGGCUGCCGUUAACGGUGUCGGGAGGGGUCGUCCCAGCGAGCCCACAGAGAGAUACAAAACUCCUCCGACAGCCCCUGACAAGAACCCGGAAAAUAUCAAAAUCGAAGGUCAUUUGCCGCAUGAAAUGGAUAUCAACUGGGAGCCCUUGUUGCCAAUUGAACACAACGGGCCCGGUCUGGAGUACAUAGUGAGCUACAGACGGCAAGACUUGGAGGAUGACUGGAAGAAGCACACGGUGAAGAGACACUCGUUCGUGGUGAAGAAGACACCCACCUUUGUGCCCUAUGAGAUCAAGAUCCAAACCAGGAACAACCAGGGUUGGGGCCCCGAGCCCACCGUAGUGACUGGCUACUCCGGCGAAGAUUCUUUCUUUUGGACAUGUCCUCAGGAGUCCAAAACAGUUCCGUCCGCCGCACCUGAGGAUGUUGCUGUGGUGCUGAUGAACAGCUCAGCGGUCAAGGUCAGCUGGACUCGUGUAAACAAGGACAAGUUGCAUGGACAUCUGGGAGGUUACCGGAUUAACUGGUGGCGUCUGCGCAGUUUGCUGGAUUUGAAGAAAAGCCACGGACACAAACAAACGCUGACGUUACCUGGCGACCGCAACCACGCGAUCGUACCCAAACUACAAGCCUUCUCUGAGUACAGUCUCAUUGUCAUGACCUUUAACGGUCGCGGCAACGGUCCAGGCAGCCAUCCCGUCAACUUCAAAACCCCGGAGGGAGUUCCUGAGAAAAAUCCAGUUUUCAAGGUGACUGAUACACAGAAGCACACGGUCUCUCUGGCUUGGGCCCCACCAUCGGAGCCUAAUGGGAUUCUGACAGGAUACCUUUUAGCGUAUCAGCUAAUUAACAACACAGAGGAAGUCGGACAACUGCAGAGUAUUGACAUCAGCAAGCCCGACACGACCAAGUGGACCCUGCGGGACUUGGAACCUUUAAGCAAAUACAAGUUCCACCUGCGUUCCUGCACCAGGGUGGGCUGCGGGCCCAAUAGCAGCGAGGAAAGUACCACCACCCUUGAAGCAAGUCUUGCCAGCAUCCACGGCGGAAUAUCUAACCAGGGCUGGUUUAUUGGCCUGUUGUGCGCCAUUGCUCUACUCACACUCAUCGUGCUGAUUGCCUGUUUUGUCAACAGAAAUAAGGGAGGAAAAUAUUCAGUAAAAGAAAAAGAAGACCUUCAUCCAGACGUGGAGUCCCAGGGUAUGAAUGACGACACAUUUUGCGAAUACAGCGACAAUGAUGAGAAGCCACUAAAAGGCAGCCACCGCUCUCUGAGCAGAGAGAUCAAAGCGGGGGACAGCGGGGACAGCCUGGUCGACUACGCUGAAGAAGACACUCACUUCAACGAAGAUGGCUCCUUUAUUGGCGAGUACGCCGGCCGUAAGGAGAAGAGGAUGUCAUCUGAGAUCAAAGCCGCCGCACAGAGCCCGGCAUGAGCAGCCCAACUUCAUCCAUCUUCCGCCAUGCACACCGUUUUCAUUAAAACUGCUCACAGGGGCAAAUGGAAGGGAACACAGAGGAGAGUGCGGUAGACCACACGUUUUGUGUCAAAUGCAAUACGUCUUGUCAAUGGCACUGACGUCCAUUUUCGAAAGUUCUUGUUUGCAGCUCAAUGACCAUUUAUAAAUACUUAUUUGUAUUUAUAUAGUGUCAACCCUUGCAUACUGUGGAUUUAUGUUUUUUUUUAAUAUAUAUAUUUUGAUUUUGUUAUUUUGGGGCGUGUUUCUGUGGUGUGUUAACCCCCGCCAUUUCCCCCCAUUUUUGUAGAAAAUGUAAAGUGAAUGUUUAUGAGCAUUUUUUUUUUUCCAUUUUUUGAAGAAUUGUUGGUUUCGCUAAAAAAAGAUAUUCAGAACUUUGCUGGAUCUGCUUCAUUCAUAUAUAUAUAAAUUCAAACGCAUUCUUUUGGCAGAGUAAUUUGUGAUUUAUCUUUCCUGUUUGAGAUAGCUUCACAAUACGAUCUGUCUGUAAAGGCUACUUCUUAACUUAUUACUUCCCAGUGGUAUUUUACUGGACAUCAUACAUAUUUUUGAGUCCUGAUUCUGUUGAUGUUAGAAGUAAAAAUGUUGUCAUUUUGCCUCAUAGGGAAUACGAUCUUUAUUGUUUGAUCGCUAUAACAGCCCAGUUUACAAAAUGUCACUUGAUGGACGUAUAGAAUAGGUGAUUUUGAGAUUUCAACAUAUAUAUUUUUUUGCAAAUUACAUCAUUUCAGUGUGUAAAAAUAUUACAAAAAUGUUAACGAAAGGAAACACUUUGUUACAGUUGACACGUCGUUUGUUAUUUUACAUAAAGUCUAGCACCAGAGUCACUGAAUUGUUUU